UGGGCGCAUGAGCCAGGUGUCAUGCAAGAGAGCAGCACCAUGGUGACACCUGGCUACGAGCAGACAGAAACUGGUGGUGGUGUGGCCAUGACACAAGGCGGUACAGCUGAACAAGGUGGGGGGUUUCCUCAGCCCGAUCAGGCCCAACAUCCGUUAUUCCCCCUACUUGCGCUUCUAUUUGAACGCUGUGAGCAGGCCACACAAUCAGCAGAGUGUCCUAAUUCUGAGAGUUUCAACAUGGACAUUCAAGCCUUUGUACAGCAUCAGGAACGUGAUCGCAAACCCUUUCUUGUUAAUGAUCCAGAAGUUGAUGGACUGAUGAUCAAAGCAAUUCAGGUUCUGCGCAUUCACUUACUGGAGCUUGAAAAAGUACAAGAAUUAUGCAAAGACUUUUGCAAUCGUUACAUCACUUGUCUCAAAGGAAAGAUGCAAAGUGAGAACUUACUUCGCUCAGAUUAUGCUACAUAUGAGACCAAUAAUAACAGCAGCAGUAACAGCCACUCCAGCAACAGCAAUAGUCCUGCAGGGAAUACGAAUUAUCCUACCUCUCCUCACUCCAUGCAGGUGGUGUCCUCUGCAGGCGGUGUUCCAAAUCAGCACAGUGGGCAGCAGCUCACUGCCGGAGGGGGGCCUGUGCUAAUGGGGCAAGGCGGUGGCAGCACGGGCACACCAGUCACAGCAGCGCAACAGCAAAUUGCCUACCAAAUGCUGCAGACUCCUCAGGGGCUGGUGGCGGCACCUGUGCAUCUGCCUCCUACUCAGCAGCCACCUGUGUCACCUGGUGUUGUGCAUGGCAGCACUCCUCUGUCACAGAUUGGUGCUAAUCCCUGCCCUCCCCCUUCUGACAACAGCCUUCUACAAAGUCAACUGUCACCUGCUCCCACAACACCUGGUUCCAUUGACGAUGAUGACGACUUCCUUAACAGCAAGAAAAAGCAAAAAAGAGGAGUAUUGCCAAAGCAUGCAACCAGUGUUAUGCGCUCUUGGCUCUUCCAGCACUUAGUGCACCCAUACCCAACAGAAGAUGAAAAACGACAGAUUGCUGCCCAGACAAACCUCACAUUGCUACAAGUUAAUAAUUGGUUUAUAAAUGCCAGGCGACGUAUACUACAGCCAAUGCUUGAUGCCAGUAAUCCUAGUGGAACUGAUGGCCAAGCUAGUGCUGGAAAUGGACUUGGUAAAAACUCGUCCACUAAAAAGAACAAAGGGUCAGGCAACGGUAGUAGCAAACCAGCUGCUCAACGUUUUUGGCCAGAAAAUAUAGCAUCGUUGCAACCACAGCUUGGUCUAGGAGCAGAGUCCAAUGGAGCUUCUCAUACAGACUCGUCACUUAUCAGUUCAGGUGCUCUGAGUAGUGAAGAGAGUGAAGGAAGCAGCCAGGAUGAAGAGGAUGAGGAUUAUGAGGAUGAUGAGGAAGGAGAAGCGCACCCUGGUGCACAUACCGGUCGAGAUGCUCCCACCAGCUUGAAACUGGAGUGCAGUUCGGACUCGGAGCGAUCACAACAAUGACCCUACGAUUCGGACGCCCUUGACUGCAGUGCUCACUCUGCCUCUGGGUAGCAUAGCUCCCAGGCUGCCAGCAACUUGGGUGUAUGUGUCGGUGCGAGUGCUGGCUUGUGUCUGAAGACUACAGCAGGCUUUGCAGGCCAGCGUUUGCAAUAUUUGUAAAUUCGGAGACCUUAUCAUGUUUGCUAUAUUCCCCCGAAACUGUGGACAAGAUACAGAAUGUGGAAACUAUGGGGACAAAGAUGUUAGAAGGGAAUUGGUCCAUUCAUAAAAAUUUGGCAACUAAACCUCCAGUAUCCUUUUCAAUACACCAUGUACAAUUGUGGUAUCCUUGUACCCCAAUCAACUACUUGGGAAAUCAUUUUUAUUUUCCUUUUUUUGGAAAUCAUUUCCUGGUUUGGAGCUGAAUUGAAAUACAUUUUUAUGUUAAUUUAGUAAAAUUUAUCAUGAAAUAUUAAAUGUCCUAGUUGCACAAUUUAUUGAAAAAAACAUAAAAUGUAAGUGAAUAUUUAAAUCUAUAAGAAAAUUAUUAAUUUUGGCAUGGUGGAAGAAACAGGUGGAAUAAGCAUUAGUUCAGCUUUCUUGAUUAAAUAAAAUUGGAUUUCUUUAAUUUUCUCUUAAAUGGUUGCAUAAAUUCUGAGAAUCAUUUAAUUUUAAAAAUGUGAGAAGGCUUCAUUUAAUAUGCAUUUUGUAUAGAAUUGUGUAAUGUUGGUAAUAGAUGGAUGAUAAAAGAGAAUUUAAGGAGCAAGUUGUCAAUUCAAGAUGUAGAAGUUAUACAUCUUUGGGAAUUGAUGUUUGUGUUAAUGUUUUUCCUCUUGUCACUGCCGUUUUGGUUCAUUUAUUACACAACGCAGUGGUGCUCAAAAAAUGUUUUGCUAUAUUGUACAGUUGUUAUUUAUUAUAUUAAUGAGUCAGGAAAAGUAAAUUUCCCUUGUAUGGUUCGUGUAAAAGUGCUCUCUAAUUUUGAUGAAAAUUUAAUUUGUUUAGUGAAGUUUUUGUGAUACACCAAAUUGAAAGCUGACUUGUGCAUAUUUAACAAGUAUUCAUUUUUGAAUAUUUUUCUAUAUAGAGCAUAUACAGUGUUAUUAUUUAGAAAUUAAUUUUUUAUUGUUUUGACAAUUUAUUGUGGAAAAAUAAUUCUCCACUAUCGUAUGAAAGGUGUCACAUUCCAUUGUACAUGUGUGAUACAAAUAUGCAUUCCAAACAAGCACUGCAUCAGUCCCAAUUUUGUAGUUCUUGGCCUAUGCUAGUGUGACAUAGUAUAUAAAUGUGCAUUGCAAAUGCAAAUUGUCUACUGAUUUUUUUCAGCCUAAUUCUGGUUUCAAUUUGGAUACAAGAAUGAGUCCAUAAACAUUUAUUAUUAUAAUUACUGUGUAAUUUUGAUGAUGAAUUUUCUUGUACAUACUGUAAAGUAGAUGAAUAAUUUAAAUUAGUGAACUUGGAAGGUUAAAAACUAACCUGUUAUGCCAAAAUGCGGCUGACCAGAGGUGCAGCCGUGGUCUGAGUAUACGUAAGCAUCUGCCAGCCUGUCCCCAAGGGCUCUCUAUUAUAAAAAUUGCUUCUAAAUAAGAAUAUGAAAUUGCCUUCCGAGAUGAAUUUCCUUUUAGUAACAGAUGUGGGCUUUUCUUAUUUCUUGCCAAGUAAAAUUUGUAUUAUUGACUGUAAUUUUUUAACCUACAUGUUCAACACAUUUCCACGUGUGUAUAUGUAUAUGUAUCAUAUAUUUCUUCUAAAAUGUUAGUGCUGAAAAAUUUUUUAAUCGUAAAUGUUAAAUUUGGUAAUUUUUCAUAUUGGUCAGUGUGCAGUUUUAAAUAUGAAAUCUCUAUUUCCCAAGAUUUACAUAUGCAAAUUUACUGUUAAUUUUUUCAACAAUGUCAACAAUUGACAGCUAUACGGUGAUUGUAUACGAUUUUAUCAUUGCUCAUACAAAAGCAUUUUAGAAUGCAUAAAUGUUUUUACUGAGAGUUCUCUUAUGAUGUCCACAUGGAAUGAUGGAAUGCAGAGGUAUAAGACAUUGACUGAAUUAUCUUUAAGGUUUGAUCUGAAAACAGCCCUGGGGACUGGCACUGCACAUCUAAACACUAGUUCCUGUCAAUCUAAUAUUAAAAAUACCAAGUAUACGUUUCAGUCUGGAACUGUGUUACAAUUUCUAAAUAUAAUAGUUCGAAAGAUGUACAUUUUAAAACGAUUCAUAUUUUAUGUAUAAUAUUUCACUACUGUACAGUUUUCCCCUUCUGUCUUGUAAAAUGAUUUUUCUAACAAAUGUAAUUAGGUGAACUGUUUUCAAAUUGCAAAUCUCAUUCUUCUUGACAGUCAACAAGAUUUACAGUUGAUCUAUAUUAGGUGUGUUUCUGUGUUUCUACUGUAACCACUUUUACUAUUUAAGACGGUAAAUAGUAAGUACGUUUUACAAUUGUUAAACCGCCCAUGUUGCUCACAAUAAGUACUGAGUAAGGUAAUGGUUGUCUUUGGAAGUAGUAAUAUUUCCCCUUCAAUGUUUCUAGCUCACUGUGCUCUGGUGCCCUUCUUUAUUUUCCAUUUAAAUUAAAUUUGAAUACUCUUUGAGGCAUUACCAUAAAUUAAGUAGUUGGAACAAGAGAGAAAUAUUUUUGCAGUUCAUUUCAUUUUUUGGGCUGUUUUAAACAUGUGCUGUUCCAAGAGCAAUAUUUUUCAUCCUUUUAGAAUUUGAAAAUUUAUUUUAUUGUAUGAUGCAGUACUCAACAUAAGCAGCAUUUCAUUCAUUAAUUCUCAUUUGUAUGUUGGCAGAAAAAAAGAGUGGUUCAAGUGUGAGUUAGCAAGAAAGUAGCAUAGGUGAAAGAAAAUAUCAAAAAUCUAAUUGAAGAGCAAUUCAAAAGUAACCUCAUAAGAGUAAAUUUUAAUCUUCAUUAGAAAAAUUACUGAGAAGUUGACUAUUGAACAGAAAUUUCAUUGUGCAAAAAUACGAAUGUAAAUAUCUGAACUUUCCCCAAAUGGACCACUCUGGAAUACUCUUUUUACUUCCAGAUAUAAUUUGAUAGGGUUAAUUGUCUUAAUUUUCCAAAGAAGAUUUGGACAUCCGAUAUUAAUCUGAAUUUGUUACCAUUGAGGUAUUAUUUUGAUCCAAAAAGCUGAUAGCAUUGAAAAUUGAAUGAAAUGUAGUUAUCUUGUUGCUUUAUAAUUUCAAUUUUGAAAAUGAAGCAAGGAAAUAGCAUUUUAUAGAAUUCAUUGUGUAGGGAACAUUAAGAAAUGAUCCUGCUGAAUAUGUAUCUCUUAGGCUGUUAGAAGCUUUACAGUUUAUGCCUCCUGUUCCCCCAUUAAACAAGGGCUUGAAAAGUUCAUAACUGAAUGUGCAAAUGUGAGUUGUCAGUUUUCAUACUACCAAACCAAGGUAGUGUUACAUAUGUCAUUCACUAUCUUCGGUAAUCAUCUGAAUUUAAUAUAAUUUAUUGCUUUGAACAAAUUUUCCAUGUAACUGUUUUAGUAGCACCUUGUGCCUUUGCGGAUCAAUUUGGAACAAAUUUGUUUCUUUCCAUAAUAUUUUAUAUUUGUUUCCUGUUUUAACAAGAAAGCUGCUUUGAUAAAUCAUUAAAAUGUUUACACUAAAAGUCUUGCCCAGGUCAUUUAAACACAACUUUAUUAUGUUUCUUGUUUGGAAAUUUACGUUGGCAGCUCAGCAAAAAUUUUGUUGGCUAAGAGACACAUUACAAACUCCUACGUUAAUGUUAACGCCUCAGUAAUGGUGCCAAAUCAAAUUUUUUCCAAGUUAAAAAUGUGCCAUUCUAUGGCAUUAAUUAUAUGAAUUUUUUAACCCUUCAAUAUGGAAUGCCAUCUUUAAAUUAUACCUUCCUUCCACCUGUAUUUGCGGGCCUGUGUACCUAAAUACUUCAUGAUUUUUCCUUUCUGGCCUGUAAUGCCAUGAGGAGGCAAAGGGGCUCCUUAGCAGUGCACCAAGUUGGGCUACUUGCUCCAUUGAAUGUUACUGCACCUAAACUGCUCGACAUUGAAUGGUUAAAAAAAAUUCAUUACAUAAAUUUGAAUUCAGCUUGAUUACAAUUGCAUGACUGUAUUCAGAAUUUUGAACAAAUUGUGAAAAAUUAUUCUUGUUGGUCUUGGUUUUGGAAGAUUUGUUCCAAUUAUUUAAUUGCUGCUUUCUUAAUCUCAAGUUUGUUGAGAAUUUUAAGUGCCAUGUCUCGCCCCAAAUUGACACGUGACAAUAUAUAGUAUACGAUUGAAUUUGCAAAUUAAAAUAAUUUUUACCUGAAAAUGGAGGCACUUGUGCAUUUGUGCUUUUGGUAUAUACUCUCCCCUUAGUGUAAAUUUCUAUAAAAUUGUAUGAAUGUAUCUUUGUACAUUCUACACCUUUAUAAUGAUGGCCUGAUUAUUAUUUACUCAUUAAUGAUCAUGAGAAGUUGGUCUUGAUUUUGUGCUUUGAGGCCCAGGUUUGAUAGUGCUGUUAUGAAUAGAAUUGCUGUGUAUAGUAAAAAUGAAUUUGGGAAUAGCAAUGGAAAGAUUUAUCUCUUCAGUUGAGGAGGGGGGACGUAAACAUUAUUUAUCGAACUGGAAAUGCCCAUUUGGAGCUGAGAGUUUAAACGUGGCUUGUUAUUUUCACCUUGAAUCAUAUAAUCCUCCCUUUGUAUAUAGUGUGCUGUGCCCUAUCUUCUUAAUUCUGUCAAUACUCUGUGUUCCUGCCGAAGCACCAGCUUUAGAUCUGCUAGUGUAGUUUAACUUUUUGUGAAAAAUAAAAUACAAAGAAAUUCUCCUACAUAACUUACAACCUGUGGUGCUGUUGAAGUAUACGUAUAUGCAAUUAAUUUAGUCUCUCUUUAGAGGAAGUUUACUCCUAUAUGUAGCAUGUUCUCUUGGUUUAUCUAUCUGACUUGUCCGUUGAUCUGUGCAAAUAAAACCUAUCUGGACACUACUGAGACUAAAGUCAUAACUUGUUUUUAGCAAAGAUGUUUUUUAUUGUUAUUGUUAUUUUUGUAAUUUGGCAAUUCAUAAAUGAUGGGAUAGUACCAAUUUGUAUAUUUCACUAAAUUUUUAAUUUUUUGUGAACAAUUACAAAUUGAAAGCAUACUAGUAUAUUAAUCCUCUUCUCCACAUUAUUGAUAGUUAAUUAUUUUCACUUUUAUUAAUAUAUUUAGUGGGACACAUUUACCCCUUAAAUUUUAUUUUUAAGAUAGAUUUUUGUUAAACAUCUAUAUUGGACGGUUAAUUGACUUAUUUUUUUCCCUCCAUAUUUUAAUGAGCGAUUGGACAGAGACAGAGUACCCAUUUCUUUUACAAAUUUUCAUUAAGUCUUAAGGUGGAAAACCUUUUCCUUUAUUAAAUACGAAACACUAUGUAAUACAUUCAAGUGUCCCUUGUUGAUAUUACAAUAUAUAUUUACCUUGUGUUAAAUCUGCCCUCAUCUGUUCUAAAUUUCUUUUUCAUUAUUUUUAGUACAAACUGUAUAUAUUCAAGUUUUUAAGCUUUUAUGUACCAUCAUGUAUGUAUUUGCCAGCAUGAGUAAUGCAUUACUUAUAUAAAUAUAUAUAUAUAUAAUCAGUCUGUGAUAAAUGUAAGAAGAUAUUUACUUACAGUAAAUGCAUUCAUCCUGUGAGAUACAGAGGAACAAUAAUGUGCAAGGGAGGAACGGCAAAUUUCUUAAAAUAAUUUCUCGCAAUAAUUAGAAUUUAUGACAAUUAUGUGCUUUAUUGUGUAGAUUGAAAGUAGUAUAUUCUUUAAAACAGCAUGCCUUUUAAGAGAUUGGUUUUAUAAGUAUUAUAAAGAGAUUCUUGAAUUUUUCCAGACUAAAAAACAAUGUUCAAAAUUGCACUAAUUAAGUCCAUUUUUUUUCUUUUUGUCAACAUUGUUCAUUAGUUUCCAUCAGUUUUUAUUCUUUAUU